AUGACAUCCAUUGGAACAGGCUAUGAUCUUUCAGCUAGCACAUACUCCCCAGAUGGUCGGAUUUUCCAGGUCGAAUACGCCAAUAAAGCGGUAGAAAACUCUGGGACCGCGAUCGGCCUCAAAGUCAAGCAUGGCGUCGUAUUGGCUGUAGAGAAACUGGUUCACUCCAAGUUGCUCGUACCAGAGGCGAAUCGAAGAAUUCAAACGAUAGAUCGCCAUAUUGGUCUGGCUACUGCUGGUCUGCUUGCCGAUGGCAGACAUCUUUCAAAUCGUGCCCGAGAUGAAGCAGCCAAUUAUCGCGAGACAUACAACUCACCCGCACCACUGAAGGAUGUCGCGGAUCGUCUAGGGCUUUAUGUUCAAGCCUACACCCUAUAUUCCUCUGUGCGACCAUUCGGUAUAAGCACCAUCCUUGGUGCCGUCGAUCAAGAUGGUCCAGCACUUUAUGUCGUUGAACCAAGUGGUGUCUUCUUUGGCUACAAUGGAGCGGCUGUUGGCAAAGGAAGACAAUUGGCGAAGACUGAGCUAGAGAAACUUAAGUUGUCUGAGCUUUCGAUGAGGGAGGCUGUACUGGAGGCUGCGCGAAUCAUCUAUCUCGUGCACGAUGACGCAAAGGAAAAGGACUUUGAGUUGGAAAUCUCUUGGAUCGGACCUGAUAGCGGCAACCUUCAUGUUCACGUCCCGAAAGAUCUUUUUGAUGAAGCAGAAGCGAAGGCGAAGGCGGCGCUCGAGACGUUUGAAUAG